AUGCCGUGGCCGGAAGCCGAGGAUGGCAUGGGCCAGCCGGACGGUGCGCUACAGGGCUCGCAUUCACUUUCACACUCUCCUCAGCCUGUAGCUCCCGCCGCAGGUAGCAGUGAGCAGCCCACGGAGUCGCCACAGGACCAGCAGCAAGCUCCGGGCGGACACAACGGAGCAAUACCCGCUGGUAUCUUGGAAGGGAAACAGAAUGCUAGAGCUAUAAUGGGCGCCUCAGAGCUUCCGGAUGGACCUGUUCAGGCUGCCGAGGGGGGAGUGGGAGGAGGGGAAGUAGGAGGAGCAGGAGGAGCUGGGGCAGGAGGAAGUGCUCCUGGUGAUGGAGGAGAUGGAGAUGGAGCCGCUAGACAAGGUGGCGCCAGCUCGUCUUCUCCGCAAGAGACUGCCAUCACAAACGGAAACGGAGUCAGUCGGAAACGGUCUCGUUCCGGCUCUAUCAUACAAUCUACGACUGCUGCGCCUGCUGCUGCUUCUUCGUCUUCUGCAGCGGUAGAGAAUGACGGUCUGCCGCGCGAGACCCCCCUAGACAAGGUCCUUUUGGAAGACUACCUAUACCGAGAAUGGGGCCACUCCGCCCUUGCCGCUACAAGGAACACACACCAGGAAGUACUGCGCCAGAAGCUCCAGGAAAGAGACUACUAUCUCGCCCUCAACCAGGAGAGGCAGGUCAAUCCUGCUGCUGUCUUCGGGCCGGGCUACGAAGGGUACGGUAACACCAGGACAGAUCUCAAGUCGCAACACCCACAACUUCUCUACCCGUCAAAUCGGAGGCGGCCAGGUGGGCGCAAGGCCAAAGAAUUGCGCAUCCCGCGAGAGGACAUGCUCACCCAGUCAGACCAAGAUGAACAUCUCGUUCCUAUCAGACUGGACAUAGAUUGGGAAAAGGUCAAAGUCCGGGAUACCUUUACAUGGAACCUCCACGAUCGCGUCACCCCUGUCGAUGUCUUUGCUGAGAAGCUGGUCGAAGACCUCGGACUUCCGUUGGAGUCUUGUGGCCCGCUCGUACGGCAGAUCACCCAGAGCAUCCAUGAACAGCUGGCAGACUUCUACCCUCAGAUCUUUAUCGAAGACGAACCUCUUGAUCCACACUUGCCAUACUCCGCCUACAAGAACGACGAGCUCCGAGUUCUGAUAAAGCUAAAUAUCACCAUCGGCCAACACACGCUUAUCGACCAGUUCGAAUGGGAACUAAAUGACCCGCAUAACUCGCCGGAAGGGUUUGCCAUCCAGAUGUCCCAGGAUCUGUCCUUGUCAGGAGAGUUCACCACUGCAAUCGCGCAUUCUAUCCGUGAGCAAGUCCAAUUAUUCACCAAGAGUCUCUACGUGGUCUCAUAUCCAUUCGACGGCCGACCUAUCGACGAUCCAGACCUGAGAGAUGCCUUCCAACCGUCCCCUAUCCCAUCUACUUUCCGCCCCUUUAACGUCGCCAAGGACUAUACCCCUUACCUCUACGAACUCAACGAAGCUGAGCUUGACCGGACUGAAGGCUCCAUCUCGCGUGAACAACGAUGGCAGAAGCGAGUUAACAGACGAGGAGGACCUAUCUUGCCUGAACUCAAGGAUCGUCAACGGACCAUUCGGACCAUGAUCGUUUCAUCAGUCAUACCAGGAUGCGCCUCCUCCAUAGAAGAAAGUCGACUCUUCAAACGAUCAGGCACCAGUCGCCGUGGUAGAGCCUCCACCGGCCGCCGUGACGGCCUCGAAGACUCAGAUUCCUCUGAGAGUGAAGAGUCUUCCAUCGGAUCUCCAGCUGUUUCUCGUCUUAACCAGGGAACUGCAAGGACAAGAGGCAUGAGACAGGCAUCUUCUAUAGCCCAGUCAGCCAUACGAGGACAAAUGGGCCGCUCAGCAACGCCCGAGACCGUCGUAUCCCACUCCCACGAAACAAGAACGUCAGCCAGGCGACAGAAUUACAGAGAGGAAAGCUCAGAGGCGCCCGAGAGCCUUAUUGUUAAACUGAAGAUAAACCCGGAUAAGCUACGACGCUGCAUCCGAGACCUCAAGUCGGGAUCACGGCAAUACACGGCGUCUCCCGGUGGACCAUCCACGACUCCCACAGGUAAAUCAAGUGGUCGUGGAUCCAUGGGGCCUCCCCCAUCGCAAGGCCAGCCUGGCUCUGCUACAAAGAAACCUAUCAACCCUCCCCAGUUCCAUGGUGUCAUUGACGCACCCCAUCCACUGCCUCCAGGAACUCAACCGCCCCCUCCUCCUCAAUGGCUCAUCCAAGGCCUUGUAGGUCUUAAAAGACAAUACCCCAACGACUCAUUUGAAGGAACAAUGCGCUACACAGCCGUAGACCCAAACACAAACCUCCCCAUCCCCAACGCAGCCCAAACACACCCCGGCCAGAAACUACCAUACAAAUACUUCCCCCGAAUCCGCUGCAAUGACUGCCCAGGAAAGCUCUACACACCUGGUCCAGCAAUGACAGUCGAGAAUUUCGAGGUCCAUCUUAAAAAUAGAAACCACAAGGAAGCCGUCGCAGCUCGUUUGGCAAGGGAGAAAGGUGGUGGUGCCGCGACACCUGUUCGACGCACACCCAAGCACAGUUCGGGAACUAAAGAAAGUAGCUUGCCGGCCUGGUACUAA